UCUUAUUGUAGGGAUUUCGGGGCCCCGUUACAACUGUUGACAAUUCUACAACAGCGGAUAAGAGGCGGAUGAUCUCUACGUUGUCAACUUCCAUCUUAAGUGGUAACUCAAUCGUUAGAAACCAUGGCGAUUAUUCCAUUACUCUCUGGGACCCAUGUAGCGACGAUCUUGGCGCCAGUGCUGGUUUCCGUAGCGAUUAUGAACUCGCUCAUCAGUGUACUCAGGCCCGACAUCGGCGAUCGUGAGAACAGAAUCAAGCCAAUAAGUGCCGGAGAGAUGAAAACCGAUUACGAUUUCAUAGUAGUCGGGGGUGGCGGAGCUGGCGCGGUAGUGGCUAAUCGUUUAUCGGAAAUCGACAAGUGGUCGGUGCUUCUGUUGGAAGCUGGUCCCGACGAACCAGAAAUAUGCGAUGUGCCUUUCGCGUACAACUUCCUGCAGGGAACACCGUUGGAUUGGCAAUUCAAACCGGAACCCUCGAACGCGUCGUGUCUAGCCAUGAAGAACCACCAGUGCACGUGGCCAAGAGGCAAGGCACUCGGGGGAACUACUAUUCUAAACGGUAUGAUGUACAGCCGUGGCAACAAGAAAGAUUACGAUUACUGGGCGGCGCAGGGCAAUCCAGGAUGGGAACACGACAGCAUUUUCAAAUAUUUCAAGAAAUCUCAAGACAUGAGGAUCGACGAAUUCAAAGGAUCCUCCUAUCACAGCACUGGCGGAGGACUGAGCAUCGAACAUUACAGAUAUCGUACACCUAUAACUAAUCACUUGGUGAACGCUGGUACCGAGAUGGGAUACGAAAUACUGGAUGCGAACGCUGGAAAACAAAGUGGAUUUAUGAUAUCGCACAGCUUUCUGAGAGACGGGCUGCGUUGCAGUACUGCCAAGGGUUUCCUUCGCCCAGCUUCCAAGAGGGAGAAUCUGCAUGUCGGUAUACUAUCAAUGGUGGAGAAGAUUUUAAUUCGUACAGAAGAGGAGAAGAAAGUUGCAUACGGAGUGCAAUUCCGUGUGGAUGGAGCGCUGAAGGAGGUGAAAGCUAAUCGCGAGGUUAUCCUAUCAACUGGUUCGCUACAAUCGCCGCAACUGUUGAUGCUGUCUGGUAUCGGUCCCAAGGAACAUUUGGAAGAAGUAGGAGUCUCCGUGGUGGUAGACGCACCCGGCGUGGGCCAGAAUCUUCAGGACCACGUGGGUGUGGGUGGUUUGACCUACUUGGUGGAUCCACCAGCGGACUACAAGGGUGACUAUCCUUUCACAUACAUUCUGGCAGAUACUGUUACUCCGCAAGCUGCUGUGGAGUUCGCUGUAGACCACACUGGACCCUUUUACGGGGCAUACUUCACCGAAGCUACCGCUUUUGUCAACACCAAAUACGCAGACCCCGCUGACGAUUACCCCGACAUUCAGUUUCUGAUUUCCUCGGAUGCCAGCGUCGUUCACGGUUGUCUCAAUGCAAUUAUGCAAAUCGAAGACGAAUACCACGCGAAGUGGUGCGAGGAUAUCCUGAAGCAACAUUCGUACUCGAUCACCCCUCUCAAUUUGAGGCCUAAAAGCAAAGGAUACAUCAAGUUGCGCACAACGGAUGUCAAUGACCAUCCGGUCAUCGUUUCCAACUUUUUCCAGGAUCCGAAUGAUAUCGAAGUUCUGAUCGAAGGAGCGAAAAUUGCACACAAACUGAGCGAGACCCCAACGAUGAAGAAAUUGAACGCUCGAGCACAUCACAACCCUAUCAAUGCUUGCGCUGGAUUUGAGAUGAUGUCUGACGACUAUCUGAAAUGCCUCUCCAGAUAUUUCACAAGGACAAUUUAUCACGUAUGCGGAACGUGCAAAAUGGGUCCCGCGAAUGAUUCCAUGGCUGUGGUCGACCCCAGACUGAAGGUGCAUGGCGUUAGUAGACUACGUGUGAUCGAUGCUUCGAUCAUGCCGAGAGUCACUUCUGGAAACACACAAGCAGCGACGAUAAUGAUCGCUGAAAAGGGCGUUGACAUGAUUAAGGAAGACUACGGGGUAUUGUAAAUUUGAAUGUGAAUGAUUAAUUUUUUCGUUAAGAAUUCGAACGUAAAACGUACAUCGCGUGUUAUUAACAACUACUGUGAAGGUGUAAAUAAAGACGGAACCGAUAUCGUUAAGGACGAAAGAACUGUAAAAAUAUGAUGAUGAAUAAUAAUGCGAAUGGUUUCUUGUUAUAAGAAUUGUUGGAGUUUUUGCAAGAAUAAAAGAUUGUUUUACGAUAAGAUAA